CGCUUGUAUAUCAACAAUCAACAAGUUUUGCCUCGGCCAAAACAACUGCUGCUGAUGCGCAAAGCAAAAUUUAAAGAAUUUUGGCCUUAACCUGUCUUCAUUAAAAGCCACUUUGUGUGCUCGUGUCCGCGCUCAAGAAUUCUGCACUUUAGCGAAUAUGAUUAUGUUCUAGCUGGGUACAACUUCUGCGGUUUAAGUAGUUAAAUAAGGAAAUGCAUAUCGGCAGUACCAAAUCGGCAGGCGAGAGCAUAACACAUUGAGACCAAGGCAGCGUUUGUGAAAGCGAAAAACGAGUGUUUCAGUGAAGUAGUGGCAGAACUAGAAUUUUUAAAAAUCACUUUUUUUAUAAAAUAAAAAUUUUAAGUAAUAUAAUCAUGUCGAAAUUUGGUCUUAUGCUGCUCUUACUCGGCACAAUGGCGGUGCUGUGGCAACAGACUGAGGCCAAACCAUUAUUCUUGUUGUCGAAAAAUUUCUUCGCCUUAACCACUAGAGCACCUUCAACCGGGAGUGGCUCUUCUUACUCAUCAUCUUCCUCCUCCGCUUCGCUAAGCUCAUCAGCAACUGGUGGCCUCUUUCAACUGCCUGUUGGCAUCAUAAGUCGCAAAUUGGGUUUGUUCACCGGUCUACUUUCCGGCUUUGGCGGUGGUGGUGGUGGCAGCAUUGGUGGCGGUUUCGGACUCGGCUUCAAGUCCAAUGUGGCCACGACGACACGCAGACCAAAGAAAACCACCAAGAGCACAACCGAACCAAACACUGUCUUUACACCGGAAACAAGCACAAAAGCGUAUACAACAACAACAACUACCACUACUGCACCUGAGCAACUUGUGAGCACAACAACUGAGAUCACAAUCGAUGUCAAACCAACAGUGGUCGCACAGCGCCCAGCUGUCAUUGAACCGACGGAAGAGAGCGAGAGUGGAGUAGCUAGCAGCAAUAAUGUUAAUAGCGGAUUCGAAGUCAUUUAUGCCAAUACCAAUAAUGGUGAUCAGAGUGGCUCUUUCGAUGCUGCUUCAGCUGUUGGUGCCAGUGGUAGCAAUGUUGCCAGCAGUUCAAAUAGUGGAUUUGAAGUUAUUUACUCCAACUCAGGUACCGGUGGUUUUGAAGCUACUGGUGGAGUCAGAGGUUCUGGUGCAUCUGGAAUCUCUGGUACUGUUGGGAGUGAAGUCGGAAGUUCUGGUAGUGUCGGCGGUUCUAACGCAUUUGGAGUUUCUGGCGGAGGUGGAAGUGCAAGUUUAAGUGCUGGUGCUGGCGUUACAAGCACACAUCCCUCGAAAAGUGGCUACAACUACAAUAAACCAGAAGAUACACGUGUGAAUGAGAUUUUCGGCGGAAAUCUAAGUAACACCUACUUGCCAGUAUACAGGUACAGAUAGAGGAAGCGCCAUGGAAUUGAACUUAGUGACACCGAAAACUUCUAAUUUAGUAUUUAGCUCUAUAAGUGUGUGUUAUACAAACAAUUUGUUAAAAAUUUUAAAUAUUUUAUAUUUUUUCAUCGUAAAUAAAAAACUAAAACAUUGAGGAAA